AUGGCACAAGUGGGUGUAAGGAUGACGUCGACCAACACCCAAGUUGCGGAGGGCGCAAGUUUCGGGUAUGGCGCCUAUUCCAUCUACGUCCACCGUGCGAGCAGCAAGGAAGCAGGGGGUCGCCGUUUUGCGGAGGGCUUCGGUGGCUGGUCUCGGUCCUGGAGCAAGGCUACCACGCCCCUGAGCCGCUGGGGAGCCGUGGAGAUUCCGCAGGUGGAGAAUCGCUGGUGUGCCCUUUUCGGGGUAGAGGUGGCCCUCCUGCACGCGGCUCUCCAGGAUGCCAGAAACCAGCAGUUCGUGUUCGUGUCGCACAACACGAUACCUCUCAAGAGUUUCGAUUACGUCUACAAGCAGCUUGUUGUGAACUCGCCUGCCACAAGCAAGUUCUGCUUCGCGGAACCGGCCUUCCACAAGAUGGCGACCUCUGAAACCAUCCGGAAUGAGCUGCGCCGGCAGUGUGUCUUCCGCGACUUCUACCGGAGCCUCUCCCCCCGCACGAUGAAGCAUCACCAGUGGGUGGUCUUGAAGCGCGAGCACGCGGAGAUCGUCAUACAGCGGGCAGAGGAGGCCCUGAUUUCGUGGAAGGAGACCUGGCAGUUCGCUGCCCCGGACCUCCUGAACAUGGGCGAGGGGUGUAGCGAUGAGUCGGUGCCCGGAACGGCGCUUUUGCUCGACUUGGAGCAGACCGAGAGGAGUACGGGGAAUACCUGGCUAGACUUAACACGCAUGGGAGUGGAGCAGCAGUGCCUGACCUAUGUGCUUUGGCGGCAUUGCUUCACCGACACGAAGCUGGAUCACUCGGAGAACAUUGCGAAGGACCUGGACAUUGUGUUUAAACAUGGCAAGUUCCGCAUGCUCACCGACCGUGAGUUCAACUUCUUCAAAUCUGCCCUAAAGCGUGAGCUCAAUGGAUACCCGGCUGUCUUCGACUCACUAUCUAUCGAGUACCUCUGGAAGCUUGUGCAAGAAGGCUUCAUGUUCGCCCGCAAGUUCGUGAAGGGACUUCGGGUCACAGUGGGGAACGGCGACUUCCCCCUCGCGGCAGUCUUGCCAGCCCUGUGGGACCUCGUAGACGACUUCAAUGCCUCACAGAGGGUUUGGACACGGCUGGCGACGGAAGGUCCGCAGUUGGAGUCAGUCUUCAAGGUGAUCUGCUGGUUCUGCUCUGCCUCGGUCCGCGCAAGUCGGUACUGGCCAGAAGCGGGGUCUUUGGAGAUCGUUUUGUGCGAUGGCGGUGGCCAUGCUGCAGAGUACGGGCGUGCGGGAGGGGCAUGGUGUCAGGAGAUCUGCUGGUCGGGAGGCGUGGAAAAGGUGCAGCAGUCACCCAAGCAGCUCACAGGGGUUCAACAGAUCGCCGCCUUCCUCGACUUCAGCUGCUGGGAACCGCCGGCUGCUCUCUGGGCCUCUGGGCGGCGUGCCGCGGGCGGCUGCGCCGGCGCAGCGCCGGGCGCAGCGCUGGGCGCAGCGCCGGGCACACGCAGAGGCCCAGCCGAGGAGAAGCUGGGCGCCGCCUCCUGGGAUGGUUCCAGCACAUCCUUCGCCUGCUUCGGAGAGUCGAGGUUCCUGGUGUGGGUCUGGGUCGUAAUCGCAAAAGGCUCGCGGGAGUUCCGCAGUUCUGUUCUGCAGAAUAGGCUGGCGAGCUCCGCAACGCGUAAGCUACAGACAAGCUGGAAUCGGUUAAGAUUUGCUGUUGGUGAUGAUCUGGCCUACGGCCUGCGCCGUGGAAAUGUGUCCUUCCUUCCCUUCUAUUCUACAUUCGCAGCCAAUCUCCGCACCUCACCAGCAGGAAAGAGCGAAGAUCUCCAUCUCGUUCUGCAGCGGAGCUUGCGCCUCAUUCCCGGGUCCCUGGGGGAUGGGUCUCUCUGCCUCCGACCUCUUGGCAAGGCAAAGCUCUGGCAGGUGGCUGAAUCUUUGCUUUCACGGCUUCGGACUGUGCUGCGCUUGGGCAUGGUGGCUUACAACACCGUCGCCAGUGCGACCUCGAAGGCCGUGUGGCACCGGGCCCUGCACCACUUGGAGGCUAGCCAGUGCGGCCUCCGACCCGAUUGCGUGGCGGGCAACGUGGCCAUGAACGCGCUGGGUGGGCGGUGGCAGGCCGCCGCCCGUGCCUUCGAUAACCUCCGGAGCUGGAACCUGCUGGACCAGGUGUCUUUCAACACCCUCAUCCGUGCCUGCGAGGGUGACGCAAGCUCAGCAAGCUCGUGGAACUGGGCCGUGCAGCUUCUGGAGCAGUGCUGGGCGGUCCGAACGCGUGACGUGGUGUCUUACAGCUCAGUGCUCCAUGCCUGCAGGAAUCGGAACCGCCGGAACGACUGGCAGAGGAGCUUCCUGUUGCUGAGAGACUUGAAGACCGAUGAGGUGCAGCCCGACAUUGUGCUUUGGUCAGCUGCGGUGAACUGGAUCGCAAGCUCUGGGUCCUGGUCGACGGCCUUGCUGCUGCUCUCAAGGUUGCCGGUUCAUGAGGCCCAGCCCAACAUUCAGACAUUUGGCGCCGCCUUGGGCGCCUUUCACGUGGGUGGUGGAUGGAGUCGGGCUCUCUACCUCAUGGAGGAUGUGCAGACUGCAAGCCUCCGCGCAAACAUCUUGAGCUACAACGCCGCCAUCACAGCAUGUGAGAAGGAUGGCGCGUGGCAGGUGUCGUUGGCGCUGUAUGCUAUUCUGGCUGAGAGCGGCCUUGAGCCAGACUUAAUCACUUGCAACGCCGUUCUCAGUGCCUUAGCCCGGGGAAGCUGGCAGCUGGCACUGGCUUUCUUCUGGGAGCUCAAAGAAGAACGACAGACUUUGGACGUGGUGAGCCUUGGGGCUGCCCUCUCGGCCUUCGACCGCGUGUGCCUGUGGGAGCAGGGCCUUGCUUUGCUUGCUGAGCUUCCGGCCAUGCGGCUCCGGGCCAACGCCGUGAUCUGCAACACGGCUAUGAGCGCCUGUGCGAAAGCGGGUCGUUGGCAGGUAGCCGCCUGGCUUAUGGACUCGGGUCGGGAUGUGAUCUCCUUCAAUUGUGCCAUUGCCGCAAGCGGAAGGGCGGAGGAGUGGCGCCCGGCCUUGAGCCUGUUCUGCAAGCUCCAAACCUGCCGAGAGGCCACUCUCACCAGCUACAACUCGGCCAUCGUGUCCUGUGCUGGGAGUGGGGGUGGGAGCUGGCGCUGGGCCCUGACCCUCCUCGGCUCCGUGCCUUCGGCGCUGGGUCCGGACACCGUCUCCUUCGACGCCGCGCUCCGGGCGUGUGAGGCCGCGGGUCGAUGGCGAGAGGCUCUUCAGCUGCUCAGCGACUUCCGAGCUGCCGGCCUGCUACCCGAGGUGAUCACUUACAGCGCAGCGAUCGGCGCCUGCCAGGCUGCCCGGCAGUGGCAGGCGGCCGGCAUCCUGCUCGAAGCACUCCGAUUGCAGGAGCUCCGGCCGAGCAUCGUGACGGCCGCUACAGCCGUCCUGGCUGCCACAUGUGGCCAACAGGGAUUGGAGGUGAGGCGUUGGCUCCGUCAUCUGGAGCGUCGCGGAUUAUCCGGUCUGGCAGGUAUCCGAAGCCACUAG